AUGGCUCCUACAUUGCUCCCUGCCGUACUGAACUCGGGCUCUACUGCAGGUACCCACGCUGCCGUCCCAGUCUCCAAAAAAUUGGGCACCCUUUCGUGCAUUUCGCUUAUCGUGAACAAGAUCAUUGGCACAGGCAUCUUUCUGAAUCCGUCGCCCAUCUUCCAGUACACCAAUGGCAAUGUGGGUCUCUUCCUCUCGUUAUUUGCCAUUGGAGGCGUUGUCAUCUUCUGCGGCAUGCUCAUCUACUUGGAAUACGCCUUGAACUUGCCGUUCCGCAACGGAGGCGAGAAGAACUACCUCCUCCGCGUGUUCAACCACCCAAAGGGAUUGGCUGGGUGUGUUUAUGCCUUCUCGAUUGUCAUUCUUGGGUUCAGCUCCGGCAACUCGUAUGCCUUCGGCAAAUACGUGUUGUUUGCCCUCACCGACCACCAAGAGGGCGAUGCUGAUUCCGAUAUCAGUCCCAGUCUCGUCAAGUUGGUGGGUGUGGCGUGCAUUUCCUUCUGCAUCUUACUACACAUCAGGUAUCCUUCGCAGGGCACCAGGCUCUUCAAUUUUCUUGGUAUCUUCAAGCUCUUGAUCUUGGUGUUGAUUAUCAUGAUAGGCCUCUUUGUCUACGUGGGUCUCGUGGACGUUCCUCCCACCGAUAACUUCACCGACAUGUGGAAGUUCCACAACAACGAGUCCCCUAACUCGUACUCUAUAGCCGUGGGCUUGCUAGAGGUGAUCUACUCGUUCAAAGGGUGGGAAAAUGUCAACUACGUCCUCAACGAGAUCAACGACCCCUACCACGUCCUCACCAUUGCUGCCCCAGCUGCAGUUUUGUUGACCACCGUAUUGUACUUUUUGGUUUUGCUUGCUUAUCUUGUGGUCAUCCCCAAGGAAGAAAUCCUCAGCAGUGGAGUGUUGAUUGCCGGGAUUUUCUUCAACAAGGUAUUUGGCCAAAGUGUCACCUCCCGGCUUUUGCCAAUUCUUAUUUCGUUGUCGAAUUUGGGCAAUGUUUUGGUGGUAUCAUUUGCCCACGGAAUGGUCAACCAAGAGUUGGCGUUGAAUAAUUACAUCCCGUUUUCUGCAUUUUUCCUGGACUUAAACAAUUCACUUCUCCUUCAUUGGUUCAUCACCGUGUUCAUCUUGGUAGCCCCUCCGUCAGCCGAGAUCUAUGAGUUCAUUGUUAACCUAUACAUUUACCCAGGCACCUGGAUCAACGUUUUCCUUACAGCUGGGUUGAUUUACUUGAAGUUAAACCGCAAAAAGGAAUCAUGGGCAGAAUUCAACCCUAGAGAUAUGGACUUCGAAAUGGAGGACGAAUCUUACAAAUCCCACCCAAGCUACCAGUUAAUUGACCAGCACGAGAACCCCGAGGACCCUAAAGUCAGCACGUCGUCCAUUCUCAAUGAAGCUCAUUCCAACGACUUCGAAGAAUCACAAGAGUCUCCUCACCAAAGACAUCAAACUGAAACCGAUUCCUUGUUAAACUCAUCCAUCGAAUCCGCCUCCGCACCACCAUCAUCCAAGAAGAUCAUUUCAGCCCCAUACAUUUGUGUUGUUAUUUUCUUGUUAACAAAUUUGUUUUUGGCUCUCUUCCCAUUCGUGCCACCACCUAAUGCUGCCCUGCUUGCCAUUCCCUACUGGUGUUUCCCAGUACUUGGAUGUACAGUAUUGCUCUCAGGAGCGGUCUUUUUCUAUACUCGCCCUUUCAUUAAUUCCUGGUUAGGGCUGGACCCUAGAAGUAUCAAAUACGAAGAAGAGUUUUAUAAUUAG